UGCGUAGGAGUCAACGUGGUACUUUCCACAUGGAGCCGGUACCAGAGCACGAAGGCCUUUUCAAAGUCUCUCAAAUUGGAGACAGAAAAAUGACCAGCGACAUCAUUUCACCUGGAGCACAGGGAGUAUUUAGACAGAAAUCAUUCGGAGCGUGCGAUCGUCAGAAAACCGCAUUGUCGUCAUAUGCGCGAGCCGCGCGCUUGUCGAUCGGAACAGCCGCGGCAGGAAUCGGAAAUUUAUUCACUCGCAAAAUGGCGACUGCUACUGCAAACAAUUUGUGUCCAUGGCCCAAUAGUCAAGAUGAUUAUGAAUUACGAGAUGUUAUUGGUGUUGGGGCUACUGCUGUGGUGCAUGCCGCCUUCUGUGUCCCGCGCGGUGAGAAAUGUGCCAUAAAACGUAUUAAUUUAGAAAAAUGGAAUACAUCCAUGGACGAAUUAUUGAAGGAAAUACAGGCUAUGAGUAGCUGUAAUCAUGAAAAUGUAGUAACAUACUAUACUAGUUUUGUAGUACAUGACGAAUUAUGGCUGGUGCUGAGGCUCCUUGAAGGAGGCAGUUUGCUUGAUGUUAUUAAACACAAGAUGAAAGUGGCAAACUGCAAGCAUGGCGUAUUUGAUGAAGCAACUAUUGCUACAGUUCUCAAGGAGGUCCUCAGGGGGUUAGAGUAUUUUCAUAGUAACGGACAAAUUCACAGGGAUAUUAAGGCUGGAAAUAUAUUGUUAGGGGAAGAUGGGACUGUACAAAUUGCUGAUUUUGGUGUCUCUGCGUGGCUGGCCACUGGCAGAGACAUGUCUAGGCAAAAAGUUAGACAUACAUUUGUAGGCACGCCAUGCUGGAUGGCCCCAGAAGUCAUGGAACAAGUGAGAUUUGACCAUGGCUACGAUUUUAAAGCAGACAUUUGGUCUUUUGGAAUAACCGCUAUAGAAAUGGCAACGGGCACAGCUCCGUAUCACAAGUAUCCACCAAUGAAAGUAUUGAUGCUAACGUUGCAGAAUGACCCACCUAAUUUGGAUACUGGUGCAGACGAGAAGGAACAAUACAAAGCAUAUGGAAAAACCUUUAGGAAAAUGAUUGUAGAUUGCCUGCAAAAGGACCCAUCGAAAAGGCCAACUGCUACGGAGUUACUAAAGCAUCCAUUCUUUAAGAAGGCAAAGGACAGAAAGUAUUUAACGCAGACUCUAGUCGCUAUUGGACCUAGUAUGGAAACUAGGGUACAUAAGGCAAGCAAGCGCUCUACGGGUGCGUCUGGCAGGUUACACCGCACAGUGACAGGUGAAUGGGUAUGGAGUGAGGAAGAGGAGGAACAACCAGCUGCUGCUGAAGCACCAGAAUCUGAUGAGGAGCCAUCCAUCACUGAUGACAAGCGACCAAUGAACCAGUUACAGAAGGCUGACUCCAGCGGCAGUGACAAUGAAGGCGAGGAACACCAAACGAAGCCACCAAAGCAAACCCCGGCGCUCUCAGCCGUGGCGCCUCCGCCCGUAACACCUCAGCCCGUGGCACCUCAGCCCGUGGCGCCUCCGGCCGUGGCGCCUCCAGCCCCGACGCCACCCGUCCCAGCUCCGGCUCCGGCACCGCCACCGCCACCAGAAACUAUGCAGACUCCGUUCGCCUUGAAAUCUGAUGGAGAGCCUCCAGUCGUAAACUUAGUGCUACGAUUAAGGAACGCUCGCCGCGAACUGAAUGACAUACGUUUCGAGUACAUAGUCGGCAAGGAUACUGCAGAAGGCAUUGCUAUGGAGUUGGUAGGGGCUGGCCUGGUCGACCCUCACGACUCAGUUCCCAUUUCCGUGAACCUGGCCAAAUUACUCGAUGCACAGGUGUUGUCUGGUACUACACAUCCUAAAGCAGUAACAUUCCAUUUGAAUUCGGCUGGACCCAACGAACAGUUCGAUGACAAAGCACUGAUAGGAUUUGCGCAAAUCUCAAUUAUUGAUUAAGGACAGAAGCAGGGUUGAAUUGAAAUAUUGUGUAAGAGGCAAUUUGUUUGGUGGCCGGCGUCUAGCUAUAUGUACUUGUUUGUUUAUGGUGCUAAAAUGUGAAAGCUUCAUAAAAUUAUGGUAAUUUAAUUUCCUUUAUAUUAUUACGUUUUUAUUGGCCAUUUUUUUUCCAUCGAGCCAAAGAAUUUUAGUCCUUAAAUCUUAAUUAUCGUUUUGGUGAGUAGCUGUAAGAUUUAUUUUUUGUUGUUUUGUUACUGCGUAUGAGUUGCGUGUUCGUAAAGAUAAUAUAAAAUUGUUUUAUUGAUUUAUAAUUAUUAUUAUUACUGAAUGUAUGAGUCGCCGUUUAGCCAUGGAUGUCCGUAAUGUCUAGAUGUUUAGAGCUAGUUAUUACUUUUAUGAAACAUAUCUUCAUGUGUUCCUUGCAUAGUAGAUUAAAGUCAUCUGUCAGUAUUUCAUAAUUUACCGAAUAGUUUCACAUUUUCCUAAACCAAGUGGACAAUCAAUGUUGUCUAUUUUUAUAAGUCGACAAAGGUUUACUUCAGUUUCGGAAGAUAUUACUUGUAAUUGAUGUACUACCAUUACGGAAUACAAUACGUAAUUAAUUUUCUUAGUAUGACUUUAUGUAUAGUGAAAAUACCCCGCGCUUUGCGUUAACUUCUAUGUCAGUACUACAGUCCUAUUUGACUCUUAUUAAGACGAAUUAGGGAAGGGCCAUUAUUGACUGUCAUUUUGUAAUUAUAAACCUUAAACUGACCACUUAAAAUCUAAAAUUGUCUGGCGUUGCAAUGCAAUUAGUACUAGGUACAAUCAAUCUAAUUGUAACUAAUUUGGAACGUUGAAUUUGGAUCAAGACUUUUUACUGCAAGUAGUUGAUAUAUUAAAAUUAUACAAUUUAUGGUAUAAUUUGUUCCUAAAGAAUUAUGAAUGAUGAAACUCUUACUAUUUAAACAUCUCAUUAGUCGAUGUCCCAAUUCAGACAAUAUAAUUAUGAUUUAUUAAUGCGUUUCAAUUAUAAAAGAGCAAUAUGCUCAUUGUAUAUACGGCCCUUUUUAUGUAAUAUUUAUAUACCUACUUACACUAUAUUUAGACAUUUUUGUAUUCCUUGAAAUCAUGAUCUGAUUAUUUAAAUAAUAGUUUGUGCUAUAAACUAUUCUUUUUUUAUAUUUUUUUAAUCGCGUUUACAUUCCUUCUUUGUUUCUAUUGUUUUAUACACUUGAAUUAUCGAACAUGUUUUAUUUGAUAUCACUAUCAAAACUUUAAAUAUGUCGGAAUUACAAUAAUAAUAAUUAUACUUGUACUUCUUCUUUAUUACAAAGAUGGUAAGAAAUAACAACUUGCUAUUAUACAUAUUAAGUUCUUAUGAAAACGACUUAACGACUUGAAACAAUAUCAGUAUUAUUACAUAUUGUUUAGGAGAGUUCCUAUGUAUUAUGAAUAGCAUUAUUCUUCCAUAGUACUAAGAAACAGUCAAGCCACUGAAUGUUUUAUCUUACUCAAUACUUCAUUGCUUUCCAGUAAAUGCAGGCGUUACAUUAAAAUAAAGCAUCAAUUACAUUUUAUGUACCCUGUUAAGCACAUUCUACAUGAGAAAAAGAGGCAGGACGCUACUAUAUUAACUAUCUUACCAAUAUUAAAUUACAUUUAUGAAUAUCAUGCUUCUGAAUUUUACUUAUUCACUUGCGUACAUUAUAACACUUAAAUUAUUCAUCCAUGAUAUACCUAGUAGGACAUAUUUAUUAGACAUUUAGUUUUAGUAUUUUUUACUUUCAUGUAUAACUACAUCAAGUAACUUAUUGUAUACCUAUUUUUGACUAGAAAUCUUGAAUAAUGUAUUUUUCGAUCGCGAUGUCGGCAAAUGAAGUAUUUUUCUCUGUGUGAUCGUGAAUUUGCAAUGUGUAUGUUCGCUUCAAAAUCAGGGUCUUUGCGAACAAAUUACCAUAUUUCAUGUGCGUAAGUCUAAAUACUAGAGAAAGUGAGUAAUUUUUGUACUACUAAACUGUUUGCUUUUUUUAUUAUGCCAUUGAUUAGGUUACUUCAUAACUCUGCGGGCAGAAAUAAGGAGCCCUGCUGCGCGGGGCUCGAUCGCCUUGGACUAGUUUAGCCUAGGAAAAUACUAUUAUAAUACAUACAAAAAAAAUAUUUGCUACUAAACAAAUCAAACAUUUGUGGGAAAACACCGUUAUUCAAGAAACAUUAAACUACCGUAAAACGGGGUGAAUAGAAUCCGAGGGGUGAAUAGAUACAGAAGAGGGGUGAAUAAAUGUUGGGAAAAUAUUCUAGCAUUUAUUCACCCCAUUCCUCCGUUUUACCGUUAAUUAAGUUUGUUUUAUCUUAAAUUAUACCCAUUUAAAGCACGCCACAACCAUGUUUAUUUACGCACAGCGCCGCCCUCCGUUUUUUAAAUCAAUAUGAAACAUGUAUGAAAACAUGUAUACUUUCUCAUUUAAAAUAUUAACUAAUAAUAUACAUGACUAUCUUCUGCCCUCGACACUCCACACGCAAUCCCGUUUUUCCCGUUCUCGUUCGUGAUUUUCGAUAAAAAGUAAAACAAAAGUUUUGGAUAAUGUAGGAGUGUACCAGGAGACUAUGUUGGUCUCCUGCUUCUAAGCUACCUCCCCACCAAUUUUCAUCCAAGUCGAUUUAGCCGUUCUUGAGUUAUAAAUAGUGUAACUAAUACGACUUUCUUUUUUAAAUAUAAUAUAUUAAAAAUAUGACGCUACAAACUUAUUUAUCAUCUCGUGCUUUUAGUUUUAAUUUUCUGUUAAUCGUAUUACAUAUUAUAAAAUAAUUUACAGCAAAGUGGAUAAGCCGGGUAAAAUCUACAAAUAGUUUAUAAAAUACGAGAUUUUUAGUAUUAUAUUGUACGAUCAAUCUAUUAUUAAUUAUGUAAAGGUUAGUUUCAUAUAUUUUAUUUUGUAUGUAGACACAGGGUUUUAACAUAUUAGUUAAAAUUAUUUUAUUACGUUAAGUUUGUUUGUGGGAUAUUCGAUUUGAUUUUCUAAAUCAUUGCAGAAAAGGGGUUUCCAACCGUGUCUUGGUCAAGGACCAUUUUAUUAUUCGAAUUAUUCUUGUUUGUUAGGUUAGGGAUCAGUAUCGGUAAACCAAUUACUUUUUCAUUUCGUCACCCUAAGAUUUCAUGGGGAUCGUUCUCAUAAGAAUAGUGACUUGGAUUAUUUUAUUUUACAAUUUUAGGAAAAUUUACAGCUUGGUAUAACAUAAGCAUAGAUUAAAUUACAGAUAAACGGCCAAUAACAAGUUUCCGCUUAUAGGUAAUUAAAUUACUAGUUUAAUAAGGCAGCAUACGACGAAACAAAAAAAGAACUGUUUUGAAAAACAAAAAGAAAUAAAACAUUAUGUUUGAAAGAAACUUGAAGACAUUAAUUUUGUUUGUCUACGUACCUACACUAGUAUGAAAUAAAUCUAAAUCGUUAUAUUAAAUAGUUAUUGAAAUCAUUUGCUCCUCUCAUUGGUCUCCUUUGACAAAAGAUUACUCGGACAAUAAGUAUAAAUAUUUAUUGGACAGAGGUAUUGCUUUGUGCAAUUUUUUUUUUUAUGUUUCGAGACCCGUUUUUUGUCUUGUCUUCUACGGACGACCGGUUGGGAACCACUAUUGUAGAAAAAUGUAUCGUAGCUGAGAAUGUUUAAACAGAUAAUUCUCAAUGUCAGCGAUAUUCAUUUUUAUACGUUAAUUUUCUAGAUUAGGAUUCUCAUCUGUAAAUUAAUUUCGAAUAUUAUAAGUGAUGCUUCUAAAAUAUGUUGUUUAGUAGAAAUAAUGUGUUUGAAUGGUUUAUUCUUAAUCUACCAAAAUCAUGUAUGGUUGGGCGUCAGAAAUUUAAAUAUGGUACUCAAAUGAGUACAAUUAUAUUGUACCUAAAUUGCCUAAUCUCACUUCACACGCACGAAAAGUUAAAAUCUGUAUUACAAUUUUGUGGCAAAAUAGUGCUUAUUAGCAGUAGGAAAGUAUAUUUUUUAAAUAGACAGACCUUUUGUAAUUCACAAACUACACCUUUAACUUUGGUAAAUAUAUGCUAUUAUGCUGUUGUCAGAAGUAUAUAGACACAUACGGUAAAAUGGGAUGAAUAGGGAUUGACAUGUGAACAGGGAUAGAAUAGGGGUGGAUCGAUACUAUGAAGAAUUUCCCCAUAUCUAUUCGCCCCUCUUCUGUCUUCAUUCACCACUUGAUCCCUAUCCUCCCCAUUUUACUAUAAUACACACAUUGAGAGACUGCAUUAAAUACAAAUACCUUGAUUUCACGUCUGACAAGCACACAUUGUUUGGACCUAUUCCUGGGUCAGUCAAGGUUUUUAAAUAAAUGCUUAGAAUCCUACAAGAACACCGAUUAUGGUAUUGUGUUUUUGUAGUCCCGAUGUUAUUCUGCAUUUCAGAGGUGGCGCUGUUGUAGUUUAAAGUCUGAAGAUCCAAUCUAAGAGUACUGAUACACUAAACAGCUAUCUUUUGAAAGUGACAACAUUUAGACUAUUAUUUUGCUAUUUUUCUGGCUAUAUGUAAUCAAAUUGAAAGCCACAUCUGGAAAGAAUAACCGACAGUUAAUCAGUACACAAUUGUGUUCUUACUGUUAAAUAUUCAUGACUAUUUAAAUUCAUUGAUUGGAAUUGGUAGCGUAUUUAUAUUUGAAUAUCCUACUUAUUGUGCGUAAAAUCUAUAAAUAAAGUUCAAUGUUUAAAUAAAUAGUUGGCGAAACUUGAUCAUAUGGCUAUUUGAUUGUAAAUUAAUGUACGACUACAUUGCAUAAAAGAUACAUAUAUAUAUAAUUUUAAUCCGCCACAUAAUUCAUCCAAAUAUAGUAUAUAUACUGUAAUUUAUACUUGGGAGAUGUAUUAAUAUUUUAGCAGACGAUAAUUACAGAGAAAUUAGGUGAUUAAUGGUAUUUACGCUACGUAAAUUUAGCGUAAAUAUUUUGCCAGCAAAUUCUGAUAACACAAUUUGUUUUGCAGAACUAAGAAAAAUUCUAUAUAUAUUAGGGUAAACCCUAAUAUAAGCUGAUUUGUUCAAAAUUAUCUUGUUUCCUACAAAAGUCGCUUACAGUGUCGAGAAGAUAUAAAUUCCCUGUGCUGUGCCUUGCUAUCUUCGCUUAGACUAUAGAUAAACCUGCCAUACGUGAGUCAUAAGGUCGUGACGAAUACUAUAAUUAAAUAUUUGAUGCAAUGACGCAAUCUCUACAGAAUCCCUUAGCUAGAGAUCAAUGUGAAUCUUCGUUGUCCAACGUAACUCUUAACAUUUUUCGUAGUAAUAAAGUCGAUCCUUUGAUAUUACACAUUUAUAGUAGAUAUGAUAAGUAUUGUACACGAAAGUUUUCAUGCAUUUUAGUGCAAUUAUAUCGACCACGUCUAUUACUAUAAUACUAUGUGACUUAUAAUAGAUCUUGCACGUGACUCUUUUGUUAUUGUAUUCGUAUUUUUUACAUAUCAUUAGCGCGAAAAAUUUACGAUAGCGCUAUAUUUUCUGUCCUUGAACUUUACUUAUCAAAAGUCUGUAUUUUGUACGAAUGAAAGCCAAGGUUCCCCACAGAUUGAGGGGCCCAAUUCUUGCGUGCGAGAUCGUAUCUUAGGGAUGACUGAUGUUGUGUAACUAAGUCACAUUAUAGAGGCAAGUGAUGAACACAUGUGACUUUCUUCUCUUAUCAGAGACAUGAUAUUCUACAGCGAGACAAUAAUCAACUGGUAUUAUUAAUAAAUAGGUACGUGUCGUUAUAUUAGCUAAAUCGUGACCUGCCUAGGUGUUUCACGAUUUUGUUGAUUAACACCAUACAUAUCUUUCGACGUACGCUUUAUAUGUAGGCAACUGGUCAAAUAGGGAUGAUGACGGUGUAAUAAACUAUUUUUUCUUAAAAAGCACACAGCUUAAGGUGAUAGGAUAUUUUGUAAAAGAACUUGGACAAACAACAUUAAUGUAAUAGGGCAAAUUCAUGAUGUUAUUGAUAAUCGCAAUAUAAAACUUAUUUAUUGAACUCACAAAAUAGUAAAUGAUUUCAGUCAUCAUUCCUGUUGAGGUCAAUCAAAACGUAGAACAUUUGUGGUUGUGGAUGUAUUAUCGUAACUUGCAAAGGAAAUAAAUCGUAUGAAUGUAUAAAAUUGUCAUAAAAUAUACAAGUUUUAAUUAGUAUAUAUUGUUGUUAAAAUAUGCAUUUCUGCCCCACAUAGCGGUUACUUUUAAUUUAUGAACUACGAUACUAGUUAAUGGAUUUAGGAUAUCCAGAAACGCAAGUUUAAUAUUCAAACGAUUUAUUUUCAUUGGUCGGACCUUUUAUUCGUCCUUCUAUUGAUGAAUUUGGAUGUUAUUUAUAAAUUAGUUCGAAAAUACGAUGUUAAAUGUUUAUGGGGAAAAGUAUAUUUGACUAGACUUGGGCAGAGAUCGACGUGAAAAUAAUGUGUGUAAACACAUCAUAAAGACAAGACUACGUACAUAAUAUGCAUACCUAGUUAAGUAUGCAUUUCUUUUUGCUAUCACUAAAUAGAGUCAGAAAUAGGGCGGGAAUGUGACUGAACGCGGUGGAAUUGACUAGACACUUUUGUUUAUGAUAUAGUUUGCUAAUACUUCUCGUUGGUCUUGGCCUUUUAAUAAUUUAAUAUUUAUAUUUCAUAGUACCUACUCUUCUGAAAAGGUUGCUUAUAAAAUCUCGAUACUCUGCGCUUAAUGUUCUUAUUUUGGCUACUUGCUCCCCACAUUUUAACAUCGACUUUCCGAACUGUAUGUUACACGGAACUAGAGAAAUUGGCAAAAUCAUAAAAAAAACAGGCCUAGCAAUGUAAGUAACUUAUACAUUAUUAUCAUAUAGAUAUUAAAAUAUACAAUAUUAUACCUACUUACUCGCAUUGAAUGUCCAUAGACUUAUUGCUUUUGAUGGCAUUUUGUAGACGUAUAACAUGUGCGCGGUUACUUGGGACUCAGUGUUUGAGUAUGCUAUGCUGAUAUCAAUUUUAUACCUCCAUUUCUAAGAUUCAUUAUUCUUUGAGCUACAAGACGUCCGCUACUGAAAAUAGGCUUACACCAAUAACUUUAUUUACUUUUUAUGACUAUAAGGGCAAUCGUAUAUGCCAACUACACACGGAUAUCAAGUUUUCGCGCACAGGUUGUAAGCCCCUAUUGCAUUGUAUUAUAGUUUUAUAGUGUAUAGUUACCUCAUGUGAACAGUAUUCAUAUACAUAAUAUUGAUGUGUGAAACCCAAUCAAAAGCUAGACGACACACGUUCGUCGUCAACUCAAGUCACAUGCUUACACAAGUGACAAGACGUAGUGGGGAAGUCCCGCAUUUAUUUUUAUACAAGAGUAAAAUGAGACCAUCUCCGACAUAUAUUGCAUACUAAUCUAAACUCUAUACACUUGUAAAAUGAAAACUGAUUCUAAACUAUUUGCCUAUGCAUUAUACACGUUUCUAACGAAUAGGGAAUCUUUCAUCGAUCUUUUAACCUUAUCACGGAAUUAAAAAUAAAUUUAGUGUUUUCAGUGUGCUAUUAUAAUUAUUAUAAAUUAUACAUGUAUUUAUUGGAUGUAUUAAAAUAUUGAUGUUCUAAUAAAUGUAGACAUGAUGAGUUGGUUCUUACGAGCCAGUUAACCUACGUACGUAAGUUAAUAAUAUAUUAUAUGCCAAUUACAAUUAUUGAUGUUAUUCAUUAUUAUGAAUCUCUGAUUCGCACAUUUCUUAAUCGUUUCUAUGUGUCAAAAUUUGUUAAAAUGGUGCCUGAAAGCGCACAAUACUGUUUUGAUUGAGUUUUGCGUCGCAAUAAUCAUUUUAAUAUCUCAAUGCAUAUGUAACAUAUUUUAUUGUCUUAUGAUUAACAGUGACGUUAAUAUAAUGCUUAUGUGUAUUGUAUAAAUACUACAAAUCACUUGAUUCAGUUUAUAGGUACCAUUUAAGUCUCCUUUUUACCAAGCAACAGAAUGUCCUGCGAUAUUUUGUCGCUUAGUAAUACAUUUUUAUUGUACGCAAUCAGUAUCUGUAAGUAUAUGGAGUCUGUGUGCUGAAAACAAAAUUCGUUAUUAAAUAAAACUGUAAAAGAAGA